UCCUUAAGAGUUGUUACUGCGCGCUUCUUGCUAGCCUAACCCACCGCUGGUUGUUAUUUUCUUCAACAAGAUGGCUGUCGUUCCUGAGAGCAGAGUCCUCACUUUCAGCGUUUUUAAAUGGAGCUCUUACUCCUCUACAUAUUUACCAGAGAAUAUCUUAGUGGACAAACCUAAUGAUCAGUCUUCAAGAUGGUCUUCUGAGAGCAACUACCCUCCACAGUUUUUAAUCUUAAAAUUGGAAAGGCCGGCCAUUGUUCAGAGCAUCACCUUUGGGAAGUAUGAGAAGACUCAUGUCUGCAACCUGAAGAAGUUUAAAGUGUUUGGUGGGAUGAGUGAAGAAAACAUGACAGAGCUUUUGUCCAGUGGCCUUAAGAAUGACUACAACAAGGAAACUUUCACCUUAAAGCACAAGAUUGACGAGCAGAUGUUUCCCUGCAGAUUUGUUAAAAUAGUGCCUCUGAUGUCUUGGGGUCCUAGUUUUAAUUUCAGCAUCUGGUACAUUGAGCUACAUGGUAUAGAAGAUCCUGAUGUGGUGCAGCCCUGCCUUAACUGGUACAGCAAGUACAGAGAACAGGAAGCCAUCCGCCUUUGCCUCAAGCACUUCCGACAACAUAACUACACAGAGGCGUUUGAGUCGCUGCAGAAGAAGACUCGGAUAGCGCUGGAGCACCCGAUGCUCACCCACCUGCAUGACCGGCUGGUGCUGCAAGGAGACUUUGACGCCUGUGAGGAGCUCAUUGACAAAGCUGUGAGAGACGGUUUAUUUAACCAGUAUAUCAGCCAGCAGGAGUACAAGCCCAGGUGGAGUCAGAUCAUCCCCAAAUGCAACAAAGGUACAAGCGCCCAAGAAAUCAACAGAGAAGACAUGAACAGUGACGGCGAUGACAAUAGGCCGGGUAUGAGGGGAGGACAUCAAAUGGUCAUUGACGUCCAGACUGAGACUGUUUACCUGUUUGGGGGCUGGGACGGCACACAGGACCUGGCUGACUUCUGGGCUUACAGUGUUCAGGAGAACCAGUGGGCCUGCAUCUCCAGAGACACAGAGAAAGAGAGUGGUCCGAGUGCUCGUUCAUGCCACAAGAUGUGUAUCGACUCCCAGCGACGUCAGAUCUACACGCUGGGCCGCUACCUGGAUUCCAGUGUCAGGAACAGCAAGUCUCUGAAGAGUGACUUCUACCGCUAUGACAUUGAUGCCAACACCUGGACACUACUCAGCGAGGACACGUCAGCAGACGGAGGGCCAAAGUUGGUAUUUGACCACCAGAUGUGCAUGGACUCAGAGAAACACAUGAUCUACACGUUUGGUGGUCGGAUCCUGACAUGUAACGGCAGCGUGGAAGACAGUCGGACAUCAGAGCCUCAGUUCAGCGGCUUGUAUGCCUACCACUGCCAGGCAGGAACGUGGAGCCUCUUGCGGGAAGACUCUUGUAACGCUGGGCCAGAGGACGUCCAGUCACGCAUUGGCCACUGCAUGCUCUUCCACACUAGAAACCGCUGUCUGUACGUGUUUGGAGGUCAGAGGUCAAAGACUUACCUCAAUGAUUUCUUCAGCUACGAUGUGGACGGAGACCAUGUAGAAAUCAUAUCUGAUGGCACGAAGAAGGACUCAGGCAUGGUGCCAAUGACGGGCUUCACCCAGAGAGCCACCAUCGACCCCGAGCUCAAUGAGAUCCACGUCCUGUCAGGCCUCAGCAAAGAUAAGGACAAACGUGAAGAGAACGUCCGCAACUCCUUCUGGAUCUACGACAUUGCCCGCAACAACUGGUCAUGUGUGUAUAAGAAUGAUCAGGCAGUGAAAGAAAACCCAAGCAAGGCUCUGCAGGAGGAGGAGCCGUGUCCACGCUUCGCACACCAGCUGGUCUACGAUGAGAUGCACAAGGUGCACUACCUGUUUGGUGGAAACCCUGGGAAGUCUUGUUCUCCUAAGAUGCGCCUGGACGACUUCUGGUCCCUCAAACUGUGUCGGCCCUCUAAGGAGUACCUGCUCCGCCACUGCAGAUACCUUAUCAGGAAAUACAGGUUUGAGGAGAAAGCACAAUCAGAGCCACUGAGUGCAUUAAAAUACCUGCAGAAUGACCUUUCACUGACGGUGGACCACACAGACCCCGAUGAGACCAAAGAGUUCCAGCUUCUGCCCUCGGCUCUCUUCAAGUCCAGCUCUGACUUCAUCCCUCUGGGUUUCUCCGAUGUAGACCAGACGUACGCUCAGCGGACACAGCUCUUCGACACACUUGUCAACUUCUUCCCAGACAGCAUGACACCGCCCAAGGGCAACCUGGUAGACCUAAUCAUGCUCUAGCCCCCACCCCGCCACCUCACCCACAGGACUGACUGCACAUCUAUUCAUCCAUGCGCCUGAUGGGAUGGAGGAGACCGAGACCAGCUAUUUUUCUACUCCUGAACCCCGCUGGUGGGAGCUCCUGCUGUCACAGUCUGCAUUACACUGUGCUAUUUGGAUAUGAGUGAAACUCCACGACCUGAGGUGUAUGUGUUUUUCUUUUCCCAAGAUAUCUCGUUAGUUUUUUGGGGGUUUUUUCUUCUUGCUGAUAAAGUUCUUGGAGUGUUCAAAGCCCUUCUAAACUCUAAACAUUUGCUUGUUUUUCAUCUUCACUCAAUUUCCCCUCCCCCUGAAAAGUUAAGGCCAAAAAAAACAGGAUGUGUCUUUUCCUCAUUGAAUUUUCCUUUUGUUUUUUUAAAAGUUGGAUUUGUGCUUUGUACCCACACAAACGCCCACAGUCAACCACAGGCGUCUAUCCACGUUUGGAGCAAAACAGAUGAUGAGAUUACGUCUGUUCAGCCCAAUUGUGAAAGUUCAGUUCAGAUUCACUGGUUGUUAAUUUAUUUGAAGACAGGACUGUAUGACCAUGACACAGGAAACUGCUUCACUCCUUACAGCUACAGGCUCUUCUGUCUGUUCUUUUGGUAACCUUUCAGCACCUCCUGCACAAUUUCAUUUAAACUGUCAAUUUGAUGAUGUGGUUGGCUUGCUUUUCUGCCGUGGAUGCCCCUAAUUAUGUCCCUGACUGUCUUGCAGAGACAAAGCCAAUUUAAUAGUGCUGUAGUAACAAUAGAGGAGUGAUCCUAUGAGAUUAAGUUUAAUACAUAUCUACCUGUUUUAUAUUGGUUUGGGUUGUUAUCCCUGUAAAACUGGCUGGUAAAGUUGAAUUUACUCCAGGAAACAGAAGGUGAAGUUCCACUGUUUUCCUUAAUGGACUUAAUUCCAAGUGGUAAGAUGGUGUACAAAAUAUGUAAAUAUACAUAUACAGGACAUUUUUGGAUUGUGCUGGAUCAUGUUCUUUCUUGUUUUGCUUUAUCAAAAAGUCAGGGUCCACAUUCAGUAACGUUCUGGCUCUACAUUUAAUACUCACUAUUACUUAUUGGGAAUAAUUUCAAACAAUUUUUAUGUGUGUGUGAAUGAAGUGCUGGUGCCAGUAUUCCAAUUUGACAAUUAGAGUAAGAAAAGGCAUGUUGUAUCACUGUGUGUUGACAGGAUGAUCACUUAGUGUGGGUGAAUUAAUGGUUGAAAACUGGUUAAAGGGAAACUCUAACUUUUAACUUGGACCUAUUUUCCUAUGUUUUUGUUUCUAAGUGUCUCAUGGGAACAACAAAUUUUAAAAUUGGUCCAGUAUUGAGUGAGCGCGCUGCAGCCAGCAGUGGUGAAACAGGCUACAAUGUAACCACUCGUGGCAGGUGCGCCUCAUCAGUUUACAUACACUAAAAGUGCUUGCUUUUGCCAUUGACAGAUUUAGACUGUUAUCAUAAGUGUCUGACAACAUUACACAAAGGAUCCUACAGAAAAAUUAAAUGUUUUUCUGCACCUUUCAUUUGUUCCAGUCUGUUUUGUGUCCAAGACUCACUGACAAAGAAGUCUCAUUCUGAAAUCUCUUGAGAGGUGAAUUGUUGCAGGCUAACAAAUAGGGUUGCAGCGAUAUACCAGUUUCAAGGUACACCGUGAAAUAAAAAAUGAUGUUUAUUAUUACAUUUGCUUAUCUACGAUAUUGAAAAGAAAAUGCAACUGGACAGAUAAUCUCCCUUUUAUUUUAGUUAUUUUCUAAGGGGAGACUUUUUACACAUAAUUCCAAUAACAAAAUGUUGUCAAGUUUCAGUUAUAGUAAUAAAACAUUUGUUCAACCAACAAUAGCCCUUCUGUUUUCAUUUGUUUAAGGGUCACUCUGACUGAUAAUAUAAAUUCAGUAAUACUAUGAUACCGUGAAACUACAAUAUUUUCUUAGUUAUUGUACUGUGAAAACCUUUUCAUCCCUACUCCCCAUAUUUCAACCCUACUACCAAAGAGGUCUUGUUCUAAAAUCCUACAAGAGGUGACUUGUUGCAGGCUAACAAAAGAAGUCUGGUUCUAAUGUCUUAUGAGAGGUGACUUUUUGCAAGCUAGCUAAGAAGUCCCGUUGUAAAAUCUUGGGAGAGGCGAGUUGUUGCAGGCUAACAAAGAAGUCCAGUUCUACAAUCUUAUGAGAGGUGACUUGUUGCAAGCUGCCAAAGUCUCUUUCUGAAAUCUUAUGAGAGGUGAUUUGUUGCUGGAAAGAAACGGUGGAAACUUCAGUGAAAAUUGAAAAGAGGAGUGCAGGUAAUAGUGUGUUGUGUUGGAGAAAAGAAAGUGUACCUUACUCUUAUCUAAAAGAUUUUCAGUGUCAUGGCUGAAACCUGAAGCUGAAGCUGACUUCCACUAUGUGAAAAAGUCUGCAAGAUUUCAGUACGAGACUUCUUAAGCAAAAUGUGAACACAAAACAGCAAAACAAACAAAAGGUACAGGAAACCAUUGAAUUUUUCUUUAGGGUCUUUUCUGCAAUGUUGUCAGUCACUUCUGAUAGCAAUCUGAGUCUGUCAGUGACAAAAACAAGCACUUUUGAUGGAUGUAAAUUGACAACGCACGCCUGCCCUCAGUGGUUACAAUGCAGCCUGUUUCUCUGCUGCGGCUGCAGGGCUCUCUCUCAAUACUGGACCAAUUUAAAAAAAAAAUUGACCCACAAGUCACUUGGCCACAAAAACAUUGGAAAAUAGAGCUUGGGUUGAAAACCACUUAAGUUUCCCUUUAAGCAGAAGCAGCCAAGCCUCUACAUAAUCAGUUAAAACUAUGUCAUGUACAAACUGUCUGGUGUUAUGGCACAUGGCCACUCACCAACAAAAUGAUCAUCAUUCAAAGGCUUAUUUAUUAUUCAUGAUAAUGACAACAUGAUACUUGAUUCACUGAUAUAGGAGCUGCUACUGUGUGUGCAAGGAAACUGUAGAAAGUUCCUACCAGCACAGUAAUUUCGAUGUCUCUCACAGUUAAAGGAAAAACUCCUGUCAUGUCAAAUAUAGGUUGUAACAUUGCUAAACAGAAAAACAAAAAAACAAAAUUUCAGGCGAAGAAAAGUAUGCUGUCAAGUUUAAAGUAAGUUUUCUUAUGUAUGAAUUACCAGAAGUGGUAAGGGUGGUGUUUGUGUUUCCCAGCAGACAGGUGAGCUCAUUUCAGAUACUGCUCAGAUCUUCAAAAGGAGGUUGAAAGUGAGACUCAGCUACAAAAGAGUAAGACAAGGACACUUUAGAGGGUCCUAAGUCUGACUGCAGGACUGCCUCUAGCUCAUAGAUGCGCGGUGUGCUUCUUAGCUGAAGUUUAAAAAAAUUUCACUCUGCUGUCACCAAAUCAUUAUUGAGGUCCAUCUUCACUUUUGCUGAUUGUCAGUUUCCUUGUCUAUUGUCCUCAGUGACUCACAGUAAGACGCUAACAAUUUUUUCACUUAAAAUGUUAUCAAUAACAUCCCAUCAACAAGAGCCAGUGUUCACUGUUUAGGUAAAACUUAAAUUAUUGUCUCUCCUAAUCCUACAUUUAAACUGUCAUACAGAACAACACUACAUAGCCUGUCAUCCCAAGGCGGCUGCUAUGACUGUUAUCCCCAAUCUGUACAUCAUCAGGGUAUAAUUUACAGGAGCAGAACUUUUUCUGUCUAUGAGCUUUAAGAACACUAAAGGCAAAAGACAUCAACAGGAGGGCUGAACUGGCCUAAAAGCUGGUGUGUUAGAUGUGUAAAUUGAUUGUGAAUUUAAAGAUCCUGUUGAACACUAUUUAAAAUUGAGGGUCACACGUGGAAUCAGAGUGAAAUGUAGUGUUUGAUUUAUAGAAGCUAACUGAUAUUUAAAGAUCAGACAUGAGCCAGUUAACCUGCGAGUCUCUCUUUAAUGGCAUUUUAUAGACAUUUAUUGCACUUGUUUUGAAAUUGAAGGACCAUUCUGUUGUUUUGCAAGUCAUUAAAAGUCAUGCACUGUUAAGUUAAAGCAAGCCUGUUGUAACAAGGAAAGCUUGCUAACAUUAGCCAUCAUUAGCUUCUGCUCAUACCUGAACACGAAGACUGUGUUGUAGUGAACAAGAGUGAGUUGCUUUUGUAUUCAGUUUUUCAUUUGGAAGAGGAGGAAUGCAAAUCACUUGUAACUUAAAACAAUAAUGCCACUUGUACAAAAACCAAAGCAGACAUGAUGUUCACUGUGAUGAGUUCCCUAUGUCACUAGUGAAAAUGGGUUUUUUAUAUUGUGCUGAAGUGAACUUAAACCAACUGCAGUAUGCUUUGAAAAAUGGUUGGCAGUAAUGUUGAUGUUGAUGUUAAUGAGAUUUAGCUGAUCAAUAGGUUGACACUCCUCUCAUGUCUGUACACUAAAUAUGAGGUCACCACUAGCAGCCAGCCAGCAUUGCUUAACACGAAGACUGUAAACAGAGGGAAAUUUAAUGUGGUUCUGUCACAAAGUAACAGAAUCUGUCUAUUGUCUCCUCUAACGCCAUGUGGACACGGGAUGUGGAAGCGCGCAGAUAUGUCAAUUGACAUGCAAGCAGUACGGAGCAGUCGCCUGGCCAUUGACACCACAAGUGUAUUUCUUCUCAUGGCCCAGCAAGCGAUUCUGCUCUGCUCUGUUGUAAUUACAUGUAGAGCUCUGUGUGUGUGUGUGUGUGUGUGUGUAUGCUUGAGUAUCUUCUUGUCUUGCUCGCUCUCUGUUUACAUACAACUGACACAAAUGUAAACAAGUAAGGAUGGAAUGCAUAUUUUAGAAUUCAUAAGAUUCAGAUAAUUUUUAUCAUCUAUAACCUUUAUAUUGUUUAUGAUAUAUUAUUAAUGUGCUUUCUUGCCAGAUUUGCUUACAGAAAAAAACAGACCAGACGCUGAAACUAUGGCUGCAUGUUGCAAUCCUGGUGUAGCGCAGGGCAUCCUAGGUGAAUGGCUCAAAUGAUUAACAUGAGUGUCAAGGGAUGCGGACAGUGCUCCACAAAAAAAUCACUGUGCUUUGCAGCACUUCCAGUGUGAACUCGGUGUAAAGCUCACUAAUACAUUGUAGUCUCUGUUGGUUGCUUGGCAUCCUCAAAUUGACAACAGGACUUCAGGAAGUGACUGCCCCUGGCCAGCAUAUAGUCCAGUACAUAAACUCCUGUAAACCCACUAACUUAACAAUUAUAAAGCUUUAGAAGAGCCACUAGUGGGAUAUACCUAUCUUUUCGACUCUAUGCUAAGUUAAGCUAACCAACUGCUGGAACUAGCUUCAUAUUUAGCAUACACAGGCAUGAAUCCAGUGUCAAUCUUUUCAUCUGAUUCUCAGGAAUGUUGACCAGAACGUCCAACUAUUCCUGUAAGGCUACAUGAUUUGUAGCAAGUGGACUGAGAUUUGUAGAAGCAAAAUAAACAAUGGUAUGGUCCUUCAAGUGUCAGACAUGAGUUUCAUACCUCCUACAAAUGCUGUCUGAAUGGAAGAGUUUGAUGCUUUAUAUUGAAUGCACUUACUGUGGAAUCUGUUUCUGGUGAAUUCAGCCGAGAUGCCUCACUUCCUAACUUGCUUUCAAACUCAUAAUGUGUGUAUUUAUACAACACAGAGAACUUAACAUAGUGCACUGUGGUUUAAAAUGUGAAACGCUCUCAGGGUGUUGUUUACUGUGAUUGCGGGUGCUCUUAUCUACUGUACCUAUCAUCACUGUAAAGAAUCUGGCUAGUGUGUUUUACUGGCACUCGAACUGAGUAGUUGUUUCAGACAGGUAAGGGAGUGACAGAGGAGGUUUGGGGAGUGACAGAAGCAGUCUGGGGAGUGACAAACAGUUGGAGAGUGUCAGAAGCAGUUUGGAGAGUGACAGAGGUAGUUGAGGAGUGUGAGAAGCAGUCUGGGGAGUGACAGAAAUGGUUGGGGAGUGAGAGAAGCAGUUUGGGGAGUAACAGAAGCAUCCUGCUGCUCAGGUGAGAGUGGAAAACCUGUAAUUCCCCAUGAUAGAAAUGUUGCUUGAUAGUCCUGCUAAUAUUUGGUCAUUUCUGUGUGUAAAUGUUCUGUUAGAGGAGGAAAGAGGAGGCGUGUGCAUUAUAUACCACUUCAUGUAUGUUUUUCUGCUGCUCUAAUACCCACUGAAUGAAAACAAAUUAGUGAUUAAGAAAAACAAAAAAGACACCAGAUUAUAAAAGAAAAUGAAAAUGCUUUGUGAGGGAUUGUUUCUGAUACUUUGGCAACAUUUAUGACUCUAGGCUUGCUGUAGCAUUUUUUAUUUUGUGCCGGAAGAAAGCUUUUGAAAAAGACUAAUUGAAAGCACCUUUGUUAAAAAAAAAAAUCAAACACAAUGCCAAAUACUGCUUUUCUUUUUGCUGUUUUAGGGUAAAUAUCCUCCAUACAACAAUGUUUUAUGGAUGGAUUGUUAGUGUUAUUAAUUUUGUCUCUUUUUUUCCUCCCAUCUGGUCCUUUUCUCGACCCCUGGGUGGGACUCAGGAGUUGUAAGGCUGGUACUCUCAGAUCAAUGAGCACUACUCUGUGGAUACAGUGAAUGUGUAGAAAGCCUUGUAGUAUUGCAUUGUAUGUAAUGUAUAUAAUGAAUAAAGAUUGUAUUUUGUUCAGGUUUUCUUAA